ACAAUAAUUAAAAAAAAAAAAAAAACUUAAAAUCAAAUCAAUAUUUCAAGUCAACCAUUUGGUGUGCAGCCGUGGAGUAAGCAGGAUUAUGUAGGCCUACAGUCAGCUGGUCAUGACAUGAUCGCAAAAUAAACCCCUCAGGAAUAAUGACCAUACAUUAUCCCUUACUUAAGACACGUCCCAAAUUCUGGGUUGCACCAACAUUUUCUUAUGGAUAAGCAGCUUUUACAGUCUAUUUUUGAAAAAUAAAAAAGUGCCAUUUGAGCGUGUAGUACCCUUCGCGCGUUGUUUUUAGAGUCCUGAGUUGAUCUCCUCUCCUCCUGCGCGUGGAAACAGGAGGAAAGUCAGUCACUGGAAUCUCUCCUCCCACUCCACAUCAUAGUCCUUCAUUCUCCGUUCACUUUCUUUCUCCGACUCGCUGACCCCAGAGGUCUCCUGCUUUCACCAGAAACUCCCCUCAGGACUGACUUUAACCAGUUCUUCGGCGUCAAUGCAGCAGAACGUUUAUUUACCGUUUUAAUUUUGCGUUACAGAAACAUGCCAAGUCGGGUCAGCAUUGCGAUUUUGCGGUUCAAUUGUGUUUUCUUUCUGGCUGCGAGCCACGUCAAGAGCUCUGAAUCGGACUACCUCUUUCCAGACACAGAACAAGACCUCUUCUUCAAGCAGCACUCUGAGUUUUAUGUGGAUCAUCCUGAAAAAGUGGACAGGGAUGGGAAAUUCAUCUCAUACGCUUUAUCACAUCACUUCACUGACAGGCGACAUAAGAGGGACCUGAAUUCAGCGGAGAGGCGGGUGUAUUACAAACUCAACUACAAAGGUCGGGAGUUCACUCUUAAUCUAACCACCAAUGACAACCUACUCUCCAGUGAAUAUGUGUUGGAGAGACACAACGGGAGUUUAAUGGAAAAGUGUCCACAAACAUCUGGGAACGGCGCCUGUCACCUUCUUGGCACAGUAAUGGAUGAUAACGUAUCCGGGACCGCUGCCAUCAGCACCUGUGAGGGACUGAGAGGGCUGUUAAAUUUACCGGAGGGGCCGUUAUUGAUCGAGCCGGUCCGUGGCCACACCCCAAAUGUCACUCAUCCACGACACCCACAUGUGAUCUACCGGAGUUUAACCUGGAGCGGCCUCAGGCGGCGACGCAGCACAGAUGCGCACAGCGUUCGCUAUAGUCCUUGUGGGGUCAAAGAUGGUUCCAAGUAUUCCCAACAGGUGGAGCAAGAGAGAGAGCGCUGGGAGCAGGAACAGCAGGGUGGGGAUCAUAAUCACGAUCCAAAUCGGGAAUGGAGUCAAGAGUGGGAACGCCCUCGGAGGAUCUCCCCUCGCUCUAUCAGCAAAGAGCGCUGGGUGGAGACCAUGGUGGUGGGCGACUCCAAACUCGUGGACUACCACGGAAGUGGAAACGUUGAGUCCUACAUCUUUACCAUCAUGAACAUGGUGGCAGGAAUUUUUCACGAUGCCAGCAUCGGUAAUGCAAUCCAUAUCGUAUUGGUCCGGCUCAUUCUGCUACAGAGAGAGGAAAAAGGGCUGAAGAUCAUUCACCACGCUGAUACGACUCUCACCAGCUUCUGUACCUGGCAGAAAAACCUCAAUCCUCAAAGUGACACUCAUCCUGCACACCACGAUGUCGCUAUACUCAUCACACGGAAGGAUAUCUGUGCAGGCAUGAAUCAGCCGUGUGAGACGCUAGGCUUGUCUCACCUGUCAGGCAUGUGCCAGCCGCAUCGCUCCUGCAAUAUUAACGAGGACUCAGGGCUACCGGUCGCUUUCACCAUCGCUCAUGAGCUUGGACACAGUUUCGGAAUCCAUCAUGACGGUCAAGGGAAUGACUGUGAGUUAGUGGGGAGACAUCCCUUCAUCAUGUCCCGCCAGCUCCACUACGACUCCUCUCCUCUCACCUGGUCCUCCUGCAGCAAGGAGUACAUAACACACUUUCUCGAUCGAGGUUGGGGUUUCUGUCUGGAUGAUCGUCCAUCUAAGAGGGACCUCAGCACCCCGGUGGCGGCACCUGGAGUGCGAUACACCCCCCAGCACCAGUGCCAGCUGCAGUACGGACCCAACGCCACCUUCUGCUCAGAAGUGGAUAAUGUGUGUCAAAUUCUGUGGUGCUCUGUAAAUGGUUCAUGCCGCUCCAAACUGGACUCGCCAAUCGACGGAACCAGGUGUGGACCUGAGAAGUGGUGUAUCUCUGGUGAGUGUGUCAUCGUAGGAAAGUUACCGGAAACAGUGCAUGGAGGCUGGGGUCCCUGGAGCACCUGGUCUCACUGCUCUCGGACCUGUGGAGCCGGCGUCCAGUCAGCUGACAGGGAAUGCAACCAGCCCAAACCUGAGUUUGGAGGGAAAUAUUGUAUGGGUGAGCGAAGGCGCUACAGGAUUUGCAACACAAAGCCGUGUGCCAGAAAACAGCCCUCCUUUAGAGAGAUGCAGUGCAGUGAAUUUAACACCGUGCCCUACCACAAUGAACUCUACGACUGGAUACCUGUUGCGAGCACCUGGCGUCCAUGCGAGUUACACUGCAAGCCUGUGGAUGAGGAUUUUUCUGAGAAGAUGUUGGAUGCGGUCACAGAUGGAACGCCCUGCUUCAUGAACAACAACAGCAGGAACAUCUGUGUCAAUGGUGUGUGCAAGGAGGUGGGUUGUGAUUUUGGCAUUAAUUCUAAUGCUAAAGAGGACAGCUGUGGCGUUUGUCUCGGUGAUGGAUCCACUUGUGAGACGGUGAAGGAGAAUUUUGUGAAGCAAGAUGGAUUUGGUUACAUGGACCUGGUUUUGAUCCCUAAGGGAGCACGGGAUAUCUUCAUACAGGAAGUAGAAGAGGCUGGGAAUUUCCUUGCGAUCCGAGCGGCUGAUUCAGAGGAAUACUACCUCAAUGGGAAUUACAUCAUUCAGUGGAACGGAGAGUAUGAGGCAGGUGGCACAAAGUUUUACUACGAGCGGAGCGGUAAUAUGGAGAAUCUCACCGCUGCAGGACCAACAACUGAACCUGUCAUGAUCCAGUUGUUGUUCCAAGAGCUGAAUCCUGGUGUCAAGUAUGAGUACACCAUUAAGAGGAGCCGCCCACUGGGGAAUGAAAUUCUGGAACCAGAAUACAUCUGGAAAUAUGGAGCUUGGACUGACUGCAGCACUACCUGUGGGCUUGGUGAGCAGCAUCAGCCUGUGCGCUGUUUUGAGGCAGAGGUUGGCGUGGUUGAAGAAACACUGUGUGACCCCAGUACACGUCCUGAUGACAGGCAUCGCAAGUGCAAGAACAUGGACUGCCCUGCAAGGUGGUGGGUGGGAGGAUGGCAGACAUGCUCGGCUACAUGCGGUCCAAAUGGAGUGAGAAAGCGCACCAUUCUGUGUGUGCGAACGGUGGCCGGAGAGGAGCGGGUUCUGCACCCUGGGGACUGUAAGCAGCUGCUCAAACCCAAACCUGUGGUACCUUGCAACCGAGAUGUACCGUGUGGAUCAGAAUGGACUGUGGGGAACUGGAGCGAGUGCUCUCUGUCUUGUGAUGGAGGAAUAAAGUCCAGAACUGUCAAGUGUGUGGCAAAACAUCCCAGCCUGUGCAGUCCUUCCAGUCGACCUCGUUCCACAAUCCUCUGUAACCUCCAGAGCUGCUCAUCCACUAACAGAUGGACGGGUUCUCCGUUCCGACCACGAUUCCGACCUAGAGUCCCUCCUAAAAUCCCAACACAGGCCCCCGGGACCCAAACACCAGGAUAUAGUACCACUAUAGUGCCUCCUAACACUACUUCCAUUACGACACACACCAAUACUUCCCCAACAUCCACAACAUCUGACAUCAUCCAUGAAGAUGACCGAGACUUCAUCUUGGUGAGGGAUGGUCACAAAGACAAUGGUGGCUGGGGAGAGGUUCCCACAAAUACUAAAGACCAGGGAGCUCCUGAGGAUGAGGAGGGAAGCACAGACCUGCAGCCUCCGAAUAAAAGCUACACAACCGGUUAUGAUUACAUAGUCGAAGAUCCAACUGGAGAAGAAAGGGCACGUGAUGAUGAUAUGUUUACUAGCACACCCACAUCCACUGUCCGACCAACCACAACUCGAGCACCAAUGCAUACUAACAUUGGCACAAUAAAACCAACCACUACCAGCAGAACCCAAUACAUUGAUCUGACAACACAUCAAUACACUAAAACAAGCCCAUACGAACUAAAUACCACCCCAAACUCAGUGCCACAUUUGAAUACUCAAACUCCACUAGUAACUUUGCCUACAGUGAAGAUUCUGAAAAAGGCCUCACAAACACCGAAAGGUCCCAACAAAGGCAAGACGCCUAAAGCUCUCAGGCAGAGGCCGGAGACGGCGACCACCACCGAUGACUAUGGGAACCUGAAUGCACGAGAUCCUGUCAGUAGGAGUGCAUUUUGGGAAGUGGGCAACUGGAGUGAUUGCUCUACUACGUGUGGUCUUGGAGCGGUGUGGCGGUCUGUAACCUGCAGCUCAGAGCGUGAGGAAGACUGCGCCAGUGUGAAGAAGCCAGAACCUGCCCAACGAUGCAACCUGCGACCCUGUGCCAUCUGGAAGAGUGGUAACUGGACCAAGUGUCCUGAAGGCUGUGUGACUGACAUGAAGCAUCGAGAAGUGCAGUGCAUUGACACUCAGAACAGACGUCCAUUGAGGCCGUUUCACUGUCAGGCUCUUUCAUACAAACCACCCAGCAGUCUGCCCUGCAACAGCCGGCCCUGCCUGCAGUGGACGUACUCACCCUGGGGAGAGUGCUCUAAAAGCUGUGGGCAGGGAGUGAAGGAGAGGCUUGUGUACUGCCCCGAGUAUCAGCGCUGCAAUGCCACGCUCAAACCCAGCAGCACUGAGUCCUGCCAUCUGCAGCCCUGCACCAGCUGGGCAACUGAAGCCUGGGGUCAGUGCUCCAGAAGUUGUGGUGGAGGGGUUCAGAAGAGAGCGGUGAGGUGCAUAAACCAGGAAUCCGGCAAGGAAGAAAAGACGUCACUGUGUGGAAAUAACAAUAAACCUGACGGUGUGCAGAACUGCAACCCAGAGGAGUGUAAAAUUGAUUUAGGUCUGGUUUGCAAGAAAAACAGCAUGUCGACACUUUUCUGUGAGAAACUCAAGCUGCUGGGUCGCUGCUCCCUGCGCUCCAUCCGCAAGCAGUGUUGUGUCACUUGUAUGAUGUAACACUUGCAGAGGUCAGGCUUGGGUCAUCGACCAAAAGCGCAAACUACUGGACAUGCUGCAGGCAGGGUUCAUGGUGCUCUAGAAACGCAGACAUCCCUCUCAAAUAUAUGAAAACAUGAGGUUUUUACUUGAACAAUGAAUCCUGGAAAUGUUUCCCUCCAUUUGUUUUAAAGUGCAUCAUGAAAUGCAUCCGGACACAUCAAGCUUUAGUUACAGGAUUCAUCAUCAGUUAGACAGUUAAUCUAUAUAUUAUUUUUUGCACUCAUUUUGGAAAAUUUUAUGUAAUUUUUAUUUUUUUUUUUAACCCAAAAAGGUGUGUUUUGACAGGUUUACCUGUCAAGAACUGGUUGAACACAUAGCAAGACACCUGUUUUUACGGAACCAUUAUUUUUAAAAUCAUGGAUCAGUUGAAAACUUUUGCACGUACAGAUUCAGGUUAUUCAUUAAAAACAGUAGUUAUUAUCUGAUGUGUCAUGUGACCACUGUCUGAUGAACAUUAACAUUUUCAGUCUAAAGGGAACAUGUUUUCCCCAUUCUACUGUGCUGAUUUUCCAUUGUUUUUCUAUGUGCUAGAAGGACGUGUUUAACCUUUGCGCUCGCAUCUCGUCUUUUCGCAGCGUCUCGUGCAUGACACGCCAUUCUAAAAAUACACCACCUAAGUUUAAAGUUUAAAAAAAAACGUCUCUAGACCAUUUUUUCCCCCCACUGACCUGCAUCUCGCGUUUUUAACCAACAUGUUCUGUGUGAAUGGCCCCUAAAUGUGCAGUUCUUAAAUGAGUGUAGUUUUAUGAGCAUAUUUUGCACAAACCUAAAGUUAAUACAGGGUUUCUGCAGGUUUUAUGAAGGUAAAUUUAAGACUUUUUAAAAGACCUUUUUGAGACCAAGUAAAGAAAAUAUAAGGAAUAAACUGAAAGGAACACAAUACAUCAAUAUUUUCUAUUAGUUCUAUUAGAAAGACUUCAGAGUUUGAAAAAAUACAACUUCCAACAGAUGUCCAUUACUUUUUAAUUCAUUUUACAAACAAAUAGCUUGAACCACUAGAAUAUGGAAAUAUCUUUUACUGAUCACACUGCAAAAAAAGUGAUGUUCUUACUCAGUAUUUUUGUCUUGUUUUCCAGUGCAAAUAUUAAAAUAAGUUCUAGUUUUAGGCAUAAACUCACUUAAAAGUGCAGUGUGUAAAUUUUAACGGCAUCUAGCGGUGAGGUUGCGAAUUGCAAUAUAGAGAAGCUACAGUGGCCAACACAGGACAAAGAUGUCGUCGUCUGAAACAGCAGAGUAGCUACUCUGUAGAGUGUUUGUCCGCUUAGGGCUACUGUAGAAACACGUCGGCGCAAAAUGGUGUCUUAACAUGUAAGGGGACCCGCGGUGUAUGUAGAUAGAAAUGGCUCAGUCUAAGGUAAUAAAAACAUAACGGUUCAUUAUGUAAGGUCUUUAUACACCACUGAAAACAUAGUUGUGCAUAUUAUAUUGCAUUUCUGUCAAUAGGUCUUCCUAAAAUGUACACAUUGCACCUUUAAUUUUGCUCAAUUUUUCAACACUUCAUUUUACAUUUGCAUCUCAAGUAAAUGUAUCUUGAUUUAAAGAUGUUUAGAUAUUUGUAUUAGCAAACAGGAAAACAAAAUUGAGGAAGAUAUUAAUUAUUUACAAUGCAUGUAACAUUUAAUGCCAUAACUUUAUGAAUUUAAGACUUUCUGCUCUUAUUUAAGGCCUUAAUUUGUGCAAGUGCGAAUUAAGUCUUUUAAAGACCUUUUUAAGACCCAUAGAAACCCUGUAAUGCAAUAAUUUGCAAAUAUGUGAAUCAGUUUGUGUAGAAUUAUUAACAGAUUAACCCAAGAUAUUAUUAGACAGCAUAUUAAUAAGCUGCAUGAAAAAUUGAGGACAUACAUUUGGUUUCAGCGAGUUGUGGUCUCAGGUUGGAUUUUUUUAUAUUUUUUGUUGCAAAAAUUGCUUUGAAAAAUUGUAUUAAAGCAAAUAACAUCACUAACAUCUCAACAUAACUUGAGAAUUUUAACCCCUUUUUUUUCUCUGCUACAUUUGUUGAUUAUCGUUUUCAUUCGGUGAAGAUACUGUCAUAAAAGCGUUUCACCCAAGCAGUUUAUAUUUCUUGCUAUAAACAUGUGAUGGCCUUAGAUUCAUUAUUAUAAAUGAACCAAAAAAUACAAAAUGUAAAUGACUUUAAAGUAACAAAAAUGCGGAAAAAAAAGCAAAUGACUGUGAAGUAACAUGCUGCUUUACUUUAUUCAAAUAAGAGAAAUGGUACUUUUAGCAGUAUGUAUUUACAACUUCAUUCUCCAACCCUUAAUACAGUAAGAUUUCUUGUCAUCCAGUGAAUAAUUUUAAGUGUUGUGAUGAAAUGCAGGUCAAAUAUUUCAGGUACAUAAAAAAAUUGGGUUCAUUUCCAUUCAACUAUUAUUGUUAUUUUAAUAAUAAUCAAAUUUCUUCUUAACAAAACACAACCGUAACUAGAUUUUUUAUAAGUUGUUACACAGGAUAUAAGAUUUGUGGUUAUCUGCACUGUAUUUGUGGUAGGUUUUCUAGUUAAUGUAUUUUAGUUACAGUCAUUGUGUGAAUAUUGUAUUCGUGUGGCUCACGGGAGCUUCGUGGUGCUGUAGACUGUUGGUGCUCUGUGCUUGUGAAGCUUCAUCAGGGUGCUCAAGCGUUUAAGACAUUGUUAACAAGUUAAGUGCACACUGUCACUGAGGAUGGAGGUGUUGCAGGUCAAUCCUCUUUGGCCUUUAAAACAGGCCUGAACAUUUUAUACUGCUCAUCUGUACUGCUGUUAUGAUUAUAAAUAAAUGCGGUCAUGAUGUGCGCAA